AUGACUACCUUCGAACCUUCAUUCAGCAGCUCCAUGCGCGCCACUUCGCACGACGUGCCUUCUAUGGCGGACCAACUGCCCGGCAUCAACUUUGGCUUCGACGACCUGCGCAGUCGCAUGAACCAAUUCACAACACGCUUUGAUGCUUUUAUUGAAAAUGGGCGCAGACGAGUGUUGGAGGAGAGAAACCAAUUCCGCAUGAACGUCGCAGAACUGCAUGAGGACCAACGCAUGAAGAAGCGCGACAUUGAAAUUCUAGAUCUCAAGCAAACUCAACAUGGCCAGAACCUCGCCAAAGAAUCGCAAGAAAAGUCUGAGAUGCAAGAAGCAAUCAGCACCCUUACACAACAGCGCGACGAGCGGCUCACCCACCGCGACAAACUCCGCGCUCAGAUCAACGAGAUUCAAAAAUCCAUCUCAGCGCGCCGAGAAGCACAGCUCAAGCACCGACGAUACCUCGAUGGCCAAUCGCGCUACAACGAGCCCGAACUCGACUUCUGGGAAAGCUACCUCGGCUUAAGGAUAGAAGGGCUGGGCAAAGAUGACAGGCUGAAGUUUGUAUAUACAAACGUCGACGAGCGCGAGUGGGAUCGCGAAGCGUGGUUUGAACUCGACACAUCAGAACGCGACUACAAGGUGCUGGACAUCCGGCCCAAAGCAGAGCGUGAGGAGGUCGAGCGCGUGGUGGAGCGAUUGAAUGAGACACGCGACCUGGCAGGCUUCCUGAAAGGUAUGCGCGAGCUUUUCGUGGAGGCGUGUAAGUAG